UUUUGAAAUUACGUUCGACUGUAGCGAUAAGCGUGAUCCUGUCUGAUCUGAGAGAUAAUCAGGCUAUGCACCGCUUUCACGCCCCCUUACGACGCUGCCACUAGCGGAGAAUACCAAGGAACACGCCUCAGGUGACUGCAGACCCGCUAUGUCAACAGCGUAAGACCGCUGAAGUUCGUUGCCGAAUAACCUUUGUGUCAACAAACCUACCCUUAUGAGUGUUCGUAAUCGUUCCACUGCACUGUUCAACUUCGGGAGACCGCCAGGAGAGCUUUUCAUGUCCUGGAAAUAUACCUGUCGAAUACGUUUGCAACCGUGAUGGAAAACAACUGUACACCACCGGAUUGCAACCCCGAGGUCGACCACGAUGGGGAAAUGGUAGACUGCUUGUCAAAAUGCACCAUAUCAUCCGACGACUCAGAUGAAAUUGCGAAGAGCAUCGUCGAAUCGGAAGAAUGGCCUUCGUACAUUGAACAACUGAGGGAGGCUGUUGACGAGGACGAUGACCUGGCGUGUAAGACUGCGUUCAGCGGCAGGUACGUGGCCUGGGGAACAAGAAAGCUUCCAUCAGUCAAUGGAUUCAUUCACGACGUUGAGAGCGACGAUUCUGUAAAGACCGACGAUGUGACCGGAGUGAAAUUUGUCGAUUCAGUGACUACUAAAAGUGCAAGUCUCCCGUGCAAUGGAACAUCUGUUGAUAUUUCCCAAUGUUUCGAUGCUAAAGAGACAGUGCCACGUGGCGAUAUAGAAGAAUCAGAAAGCCCGAUGGGGCCUAAAAGCAUCGUCCAUCUGUCUCCUGAUGGUGCGGACAAACGAUUCUUGAACUUCCGGACAUCAUCACCGCUCCAGUCAGGGAACUAUAAGAUAGCUUCUGGAGAUAUGCCAUCGGCAGUGUCAGCCAUGCCGUCUGGAUGUCGUAGGUUACGAGCAGGACUGUACUGUCGGUCACCUUACAAGCAGUUUAUUCGCGUCCCAGCCGAGUCGCCAGGGCACGUAACACCGCACGCUCUACCGUCGUUGGAUGAAUUCGUUGAAUCCUCGCCCUCAAAGGAGAAUCCGAGAUCUCCGCUGUUCAGCUCGGGAAAGAGCGUGCGCGAUUCAAGUUCUAACACACCGAGAAAGCCUAGAACACCGGGAACGGCCGCGAGUGUUUUCUCACUGGUCACGGGGCAAGAAAGCGUGUGUUCGGACAUUUCGAGCCCCAAGUCUCCUCAAUACACGGGUGAGGCCCUGGAGUGGUCGAAGGACGUGGAACAGUUUCGUGCAGCGCUGUCGUCAGGAUCUUCUGGAGACUACGAUCUCGCAAAAUCCAGCUUCAGAAUCAACAAGAGUGGAAGUUCGUUUGUUGCUCUGGAGCACUUCUUCAGAGCUGAUGGUCCAGUGAAACCAGAAUUCGUGCCAGAACUUGCGCCGGUGCCACGUGUGAGUCCAACCUCUGACGUUCCGGUGUUCCCAAGACGUUCUGUUGGACUACAGUCUAGAGAAAGUGAUUCAUCGACAAAAGAUAACGGCAAAAAGUUGCUUUUCAAGCGCCUUGGAAGAGGUGCAUUUGGAAGAGUGUUUGGCGUCCAAAUCAAGGGACGGCUCGUAGCAGUGAAAGACGUACGGAACGUGGACGACCCGGCGGAGAAGAACGCCAUGCAUCUGGUGCACCGUCAUGUAGUCCGCACUCUCUAUCUCACACAGCUUGAGACGCGCCGGUUCUUAGUGGUCAUGGAGUACGGCGGGCCCCAUACAAUGCAGAAUCUGCUAGAUGAGGGGCGGCUACAGCUUCUGGACACGCUCAGGUAUGGCAAACAGAUUGCUUCAGCAUUGCACUACUGUCAUCGUAGGAACAUACUGCACUUGGACGUCAAGCCCAGCAACAUUCUCAUACAAGAUAAAGAGUGUAAACUUGCUGAUUUUGGUAGCAGUGCUGUUCGGGGCACCACGCCUAAGGUCAGCGGGACCGUCCAGUACAUGGCUCCGGAAUCAUUAUGCGGGCAAAGACCUGACUACGCGUCAGAUAUCUAUUCCUUAGGCGUUGUGCUCUGGCAGAUGCAUUCUGGUGACCGUCCGUUCGACGGUCUUCACCAACAUCACAUCAUAUUCCAGGUUGUUCGUGAAAAAAGACGUCCACCCUUUCCUGAGGACACACCUAAGGACUUUGAACAGCUCGUGAACAGGUGCUGGGCCACGACACAUCAGGAACGGCCAACUAUAGGUGCUGUGGUUAAAGACCUGAAUGUACUGCACAAGGCGCAUCUCCUGGUCAGGUCUGGUGCGACGCAAUGACAUUUGAGUCCGAGUCUAGCGAGAAUCAGCUUAUUUGAAGUGAUGACGGACUUUACAUGAAUGUGCCUGAACUGCAGCGAUCCGCUUAGUUUGUAUUUUCUAUUAUAGUGGAAAGGAAAAACGUUGUCGGCGAGGGAAAAAGCGGUCAGUCCACUGUCGGAUGUUCGGAACAUUGCAAUGCACUUAAUUUAAGUUUGGCGCAGCUGGCUGUAUAAAGCGUGUAGUGAUACUUGUUUUUAAAGUUGACCUUAGUACUGUACUUUUAGUGAUUGCAUCAGACCGUAUAGCGAUCGAGCAUGUUAGUUUUCUUUUGCAUGAUGUUUAUAGUGUCAGCCGUAUAUAGUCCAAAUGUAGUAUCGAUUGGUACACAUGCAGUGUCCGGCAAAACGCUGAGGUGUACCUUUCCCAUGCAAUAUUUUUUCUUUCUUUCACUCAUGUGACUGUUUUCUGACUUUCUUUUUUUUUUUUUUAUGCUUCGAAAUCGCAAACUGUGAGUAUUUUAUCCGAGAUCAUGAUUUUAGCCCGAGUGGUGUGACUUUAUACGUCAUUUCUUUUUAACUCGUACAUGCUUUGACCAGAAAUAAACAUAAGUAACUAGU